UCUUGUAGGCCCACACACCCGCGAAAGAUGACAUCCUCGAUAUAGUUGCGCCUUGUUUGAGUAGAGGGCACAGGGUGGUGCACAAGAGACCGACCAAAGGUUUCCAUCUGUCCAACAGAAAGGCGGGGAAUAUGAAGAGUUGUGUCUCCUCCCUGCUAGUGUUCAUUCGAGUUGUAACUGUGGACUGGAUUACUUCGGACUCGUCGAAACCUUGAGCCAGUUGUGUAGGCUAAUUUACGCAAAAACCUUCGACCAUGGAAUUUCUGUGGUUGACUCUGGCUUGGCUUGUUUGUUGCCGGGGGUUACGCUGUUGCCGGGGACGAUGUCUGAACACAUUCAGCUUUCACUGGCUCUGUGCAGAAUUGGCUUAUAUACGUGUCUGCGGACACUGUGCUGUAAGGGGCCGCCCCCACCCCGGCCGGAGUAUGACGUGGUGUGCAUCGGCCUGGCUGGCUCCGGCAAGACCAGCCUGCUGUCCCGUCUGAGCAGUGAGAGCACUGACACCAUCGUGCCCACCACAGGUUUCAGCAUCAAAGCAGUGGGGUUUCAGAAUGCCAUACUGAAUGUGAAGGAACUUGGAGGUGCCGACCACAUAAAGAAGUACUGGAGCCGCUACUACCAGGGCUCGCAGGGCGUGGUGUUCGUGGUGAACAGCGCGUGCUCACCGGCUGAGCUGGAGGCGUCACGGGCGGAGCUCCACCUGGCGCUGCAGCACCCGCAGCUGUGCACGCUGCCCUUCCUCAUCCUCGCCAACCACCAGGAUCAGCCGGCCGCGCGGCCCGUGCCCGAGAUAAAGAAAUACUUUGAGCUGGAGCCGCUGGCCCGAGGAAAGCGAUGGAUCCUGGCGGGCAGCUCCACAGCAGAUGUGGAGGACGUGAGGCAAAGCUUCAUUCAGCUCAUCAGCCUGCUGGAGGACAGAGAUGCAGAACCAGCCAGGAUAUGACACGCAUGCACACACACACAGACACACACACACACACACACACACACACACACACACACACAUACACACACACACAC